AUGGUUUUCUCUUCAAAAUUCUCUUGCCCAAGCCUCGUCCUGUCCCUCAUUUUCGCCAUUUUCUGGACGGCAACAAGUGCUUUGACAUGUCUCGAGUCGGAUGAUGAGGGUAACUUCUAUCCAGUCUACAAUUCGACAUGGAAAUAUUGUGUGUUGUUGCCGCAAAGUGGGGACAAACCAGCGCAAGCUUACGGAGCACAGCCGGAUAUCGAGUCCUACUUAGUGGCAGAUCGAGCGUUCGCUGAGUCGCUCGGCCCCGAGUACACCGUGCUCACCUUCUGCGUGUUCGAGCGUUACCGAAUGCCUUCCGUUCACGGUGUGAUGAUCAACAGCGAGCAUUUGUUCCGAUGUUACUGCAAUUACGAUGAGUGCAAUCGACAUCAGCACUUUUCCUCGUAUCUUAAAGGACUCCGAAAGGAUAAUCCU